ACUGGCAAAUGCAAUAGAUCAGGACUGUCUCCCUCCCAGGAGGAGCCAGUUUUUAACAUUUACCAGCACGUGGCUUGGAGCUUCAUAUGUACCUUGCUUAAUCCUCAUGAAAAUCUCAUGAUUGGUAGUUAUCCUCAUUUUAGAAACUAGUUAACAAAAAAGAAAAAAGGAGAAAAAGAAGUUUAAAAACACAUAAUGCUUUGCUUGUUUGAACCUGGAUUUGCCUUCUGCAAAGCCCAUCACUGUACUCUAGAAAGCAGCUAACAGUGGUUUAUCUUUUCCUUAUGUAUAUGGAAGAAGUUCUUCUGUUUGUCAUUUGUCACAUCAACAAACACUGAAAUGUUAGCUCUUCUGGGAAGAGGAGGUAGUCCACUGAUAACAGUGCUUUCACUCUGCUGAAAUCUCUGGCUGCACUGAGGGAAUGCUUUUCUGUGUUUCUUUCACUUCUUGCUGCAGGUGGUUCAUUGGGGACUGGUUGGAAUGUAGCAAGACUUGUGAUGGUGGGAUGCGCACAAGGGCAGUACUCUGCAUCAGGAAGAUUGGACCUUCUGAGGAGGAGACACUGGACUACAGUGGUUGUUUAACACACCGGCCUAUUGAAAAAGAGCCCUGCAACAACCAGUCGUGUCCACCUCAGUGGGUGGCUUUGGACUGGUCAGAAUGUACUCCCAAAUGUGGUCCAGGAUUCAAGCAUCGGAUUGUUCUGUGCAAGAGCAGUGACCUUUCUAAAACAUUCCCAGCAACACAGUGUUCCGAGGAGAACAAACCCCCUGUCCGCAUCCGCUGCAGUUUGGGCCGCUGCCCUCCUCCUCGCUGGGUGACAGGAGACUGGGGCCAGUGUUCUGCUCAGUGUGGCCUUGGACAGCAAAUGCGGACUGUGCAAUGUCUUUCCUACACUGGACAGGCAUCAGGUGACUGUCCAGAAACUAGUAGACCUCCAUCAAUGCAGCAGUGUGAAAGUAAAUGUGACAGUACCCCCAUCUCCAGUACUGAAGAGUGCAAAGAUGUGAACAAAGUGGCUUACUGCCCACUGGUGCUGAAGUUCAAGUUCUGUAGUCGAGCAUACUUCAGACAGAUGUGUUGUAAGACCUGCCAAGGACACUGACCCGCGGAAAGCCAGAGAGCGCCUUGUCACUUCAUCGUGGAAAUGUAUCCAUCACAGAGAGCCACCCAGAGGAAGAGGAUUGAUGUCCUUGCAAAUGCAUUACCCUGUGGAAAACGUAACCACUGGUCAGCCGUAGCUGACAGGAUUUCAAUAUUAUUUUAACUUCUGUGAAGUGGGAUUUAUUGAUCCAAAGUGCUGGACACGGUAGUAGGAGGGAAUGCCAGAUUGGAGAGAUCCAAACAACACAGGGAGACUUGCUUACUGUGGAACCUUUGUGUUCUUUCGAGUAAAUCCAAUAGCCUGUUUACCUCCUUGGACCAUUAAGAUAAUUUUUAUUAUGGACUUAGCAAUGACACUGAAUCCAUUUGUGUUUAAAACUGUUUAAAAUGUAGCUGUUUUGACUUGGUCAACUAUUGAAGUAAAGAAGAUUCAGAAAUCUUAAGUCAUAGCUUAAAAAUAUUUACUAUACUUUAUCUCACUACAACAGCACCACAAUUUAAAUUCUAAAAUGGGCUUUGAACUGUAAUUUAAGGAGCAAUUAUAAAUCAGAAGUAAUGAAA